CUGUGUAAGUGUAACUUUGUGUUGCAGACGAUGCAAGACAGUCACAACUGUCAUGCUGGACAUGCAACAGAGGCACUUUUCGUACGUGUUUUCACGUACUAGCUACGCAUGACAGGUUUUCUCUGUCAUGCAGGGCAGACUUGUGAUGCUGUUCCUCCAAGAAAGUUACACUUACACAGUUUUUUUCCUGCAUAAGCGCUAUCGCAGGAAGGAAAAAACUGUCUUUGCUUCUCAAACCCUUGCAAUCGCUGCACUUUUACGAUGA